AUGGAUUUCGAAGCGGCCGAAGAACAGGGCGAUUAUCAAUUUCCGUGGAGUCAAAUUGGCCACUUUUCGAUUGAUUUCAUCAAAACGGACGGUUCGAAGGCUUCUGUGGAAGGAGACCUUUCUAGAGCCUAUAUUCGGUUAGUUUUUGCCUGAAAAUGAUGCUGAAAAAAUUGCUAGAGAAAUUAUCUGGAUUUUCGCCGAAAUUUUAUCGUGGCCUAGAAUUUCUAUGCCUCGGACUCCUCGUGGACAAGUGAGAAGUUGGUCCCAAAAAUUGUUUCUGAGAGGUUUUUGACUGAUUUUAGGCCAAUUUCAAAGGGUAAUACGAUAUUGGAUUUUAUAGAUAAAGAAAGAAAAAUCUGGCUAGAAGUAUUCCGAAAAUUCGCCAUUUUCAGUGACGUGGAACUUCUGAAGGCGAGCAAUCGGCCAAAAGAGCAAAAAGUGGCGGAAAAAGAGGAGGAGCCGCCCGUCGAAGAAAUGGCCGACGUCGAUUUGAAUGCUGCCGAAACUGGUGAGCAUUUUCUUGAUUUUUUCUGACACAUUUUCUAGACAUUUUUAAUUUUCCAGAAGAAGUGGCAGAAGACAAAGCCUACGGAGUGGUCCCGAAAUGGGCGUCGAGCCAAAAAAACGAGCGGAAGAGACGGAACCGAAAAAAGCAGAAAUACCACUAUAAAUCGUUCUCCGAGUUCUGGGACGUCUCCGCGUUUUUCCUGCUCAACUCCACGUGGCUCAACGAUUUCGGCGCCGAAAUGACCGAGGAGAACCGCUUGAUUUUGAGGGACCAACUGCACACGAUGAGACCCGUCUCCCUUAUAGAACAACACGAAAAUCUCGUGGUAAGCAGGAGGGGCUCUUUCUUUUUAGUCCCAACAUAAAAAAAGUGCAUGAAAAAAAUCGCAUGCCGUUGAGGAUGUGUUGGUUCUGGCAAACACAUGGCCUAAAUGCGAACAGCUUUGAAAAAAAUUGUCUCCCUGUCAACAUUUCCACAAAAUCUCAUUGCAGGACAACGCGGAUUACAAGCACGUGACGCAGAAGCUGAUAUCGGAGAAUCCGGACGUGACGUACGAGGAAAUCUACGCGGAACACUGCGUGCUCAUCAAAAAACAGGCGGAAAUCGAUUUCGACGCUCACCAGACGACGGCCAUCACGAAACGGUGCAGGGAUUUCGUGGGAAGAGUGCGCGUCUUUGUUGAAUGUUCAUAAAUUCAUGCGCGUCUUUCUAAAAUUGCAGAUCACACGUGUCGGCUACGAGCCGGGCUUCGACGAAACUCAAUUUCCGGCGAGUUACGAUUUGUGUCGCGACGAAAAACGCGAUAAAUUGGUGAUUGCGGAGACGAGGUACACGAUUGACGCCGACCAGUUUGCUAUCAAAUAUUCGUGAGCACUUUUCAAACAGCUAAAAAACGAAUACGACUAAUUUCAGCAAAACCAAGAGUGCGUCACAAGAAUGCGAAGAAACCGAGUCGUCCGAAUCGAUUUCGGCACCGGAAUCAUUGGAAACCGGGCAGAAUCCUGUCCGAAACGAUGAGAUCCGUUUCAAUUUCGAUCCGGAAACGGAAGGGCACCUGAUCGCGGCGAACGCGAAGGAGUUGUACGAGAACGACGCGGAGAUCUGCAAGUACUACUACCAGAGAUACCGUCUGUUCUCGCGGCUCGACGAGGGCAUCCUCAUGGACCGCGAGGGUUGGUUCUCCGUCACGCCCGAGGCCAUCGCGGAGCACAUUGCCGAUCGGGUCGUCCGAAACGGAGUACACGUGGUCGUUGAUGCGUUCACGGGUGUUGGCGGCAAUGCGAUUCAGUUCGCACUCAAGGGCGCACAUGGUAAAUACACGGGGUUUUGAACUAGUUAGAAGUUUUCGAUCUAAUGAAUCAAAGUAGUGAGUAGAAGGACAUUGUAGAUCUCGAUGCGUUCUGUAAAUGUGGUGAUAACAAGAAAAAUUGUUGCAGUGAUCGCGAUCGACAUGGACCCGGUGCGUCUGAAGUGUGCGCGGGAGAACGCGCGGGUCUACGGCGUCGCGGACUACAUCCACUUCAUCUGCGCCGACUUCUUCUCGGUGGCCGCCACGUGGCAACAGUCUGGAAAUGCGCCGAAAGUGGACGCGGUGUUCCUGAGCCCUCCAUGGGGCGGACCCUCGUACUUGAAGGCGAAAGAGUUUGAUCUGGCGACGGGCUGCACGCCCGACGGCAUCCACAUAUUCGACGCUUCCCUUCGCAUCAGCCCCAACAUUGCCUAUUUCUUGCCGAGAAACACGAAAAUUAGUCAGGUUUUUUUAGAUCUUGACUGAUUCUUGAAACGUUUUCCAACUUUUUGCAGCUGACCGAACUGGCGAUGAAAGCGAAAUCGCGUGUGGAAAUCGAGCAGUCGGCGCUGAACUCGAAAGUGAAGACGAUCACGGCGUACUACGGAAAACUGGCGUACCGCGAGAAAAAUUGA